AUGGCGACACGCCCAUCUACUGAGGGCGCGCAGGUCGCGGCGGGUGAGGGAACCUGCCGGAUAAUUCGGGCCGGCGUGGUGGGGUAUCGGGAAGCUGGGACUGGCAGGUCCGGCUCGCCAACGCCGUGCGCGAAGGCUCGGAGCCCGAAACCCUGCUGCUCCUGGAGCAUCCCCACACCUACACGCGAGGGUCGCCUGGCUCCGGAUACCGACCUGCUGCUGGACGAGGCGACGCUGGCCGCUCGCGGGAUAGCCGUCAUCGAAACCGACCGGGGCGGCCUCAUCACCUACCACGGCCCGGGUCAGCUGGUGGCCUACCCCAUCAUCCGGCUGCGGGGACGCGGCGGCCCCCACUGGUACGUUCGCACGCUGGAGCAGGGUGAUCAUCGGCGUCCUGGCCGAGUUCGGGCUGGAGGCAGGCACGGUGGAAGGGCGCACCGGGGUCUGGACGGCAGACGGCCAGCGCAAGAUCGCGGCGAUUGGCGUCAAGAUUGCCGGCGGCGUCGCCUACCACGGCUUCGC